GGGGAAAAAUCCGCUUCCCCCUCCCCAGCUGCGGGGUCCCCUCCCCCCCGAGCGGGAGAAGGCAUGACCCUCUCCGGCGGCGGCAGCUCCAGCGACAUGUCCGGCCCGACGGUCCUGCCGGCCGAGGACGUGGACAUCGACGUGGUGGGCGAAGGGGACGAGGGGCCGCCGGAGCAGCCGGUCGAAGACGGCGGGGGAGGAGGGGGCGGGCCCGGGGGGGACCCUCCCCGUCCGGACGAGGCGGCCGAGCCCCCGGCCCAGCCCCGGCCGCAGCCCCCGGCCCUGCCCCAGGCCGGGGACGGUGCGGGGGAAGAGACCUCGGGCGGGGGCGGCGGCGGUGGCGGGACCUUGGGCGUGGGGCCGGGCCCUUCCCCGGGCGGCAAACCGAAAAACAGCCUGGUGAAGCCCCCCUACUCCUACAUCGCCCUGAUCACCAUGGCCAUCCUGCAGAGCCCCCAGAAGAAGCUGACCCUCAGCGGCAUCUGCGAGUUCAUCAGCGGCCGCUUCCCCUAUUACCGGGAGAAGUUCCCCGCCUGGCAGAACAGCAUCCGCCACAACCUGUCGCUCAACGACUGCUUCGUCAAGAUCCCCCGCGAGCCGGGCAACCCGGGCAAGGGCAACUACUGGACGCUGGACCCGCAGUCGGAGGACAUGUUCGACAACGGCAGCUUCCUCCGGCGGAGGAAGCGGUUCAAGAGGCACCAGCAGGAGCAGCUGAGGGAGCAGACGGCCUUGAUGAUGCACAGCUUCGGGGCCUAUAGUCUGGCCGCCGCCGCCGCCGCCUCCGUCACCGCCGCCUCCGUCGGUUCGGCCGGUCCUUACGGUCGCCCCUACGGACUGGGCCCCGCCGCCGCCGCCGCCGCCGCCGCCGCUGCCGCCGCCGCCGCCGCCGCCGCCGGUUACCCCUCUCCCGCCGCCCUGCCCUACCCCUACAUGCCCCCCGUGCCCCCCAUGCUGCCCCCGGCCGGGCCCCUGCUGCCCGCCGCCGAGCUGGGCCGCAAGGCCGCCGCUUUCGCCUCUCCGCUCAGCCCCGGGCUCCAGCUGCAGCUCAACAGCCUCGGGGGCGGCUCCUCGUCGUCGUCCUCGUCCUCCUCGUCGUCGUCGUCGUCGUCGUCGUCGGCCGCCGCCGCCGCCGCCUCCUCCUCCGCGCAGGCCGCCGCGCCGCUCGUCAAGUCGGAGCCCAGCGGGCGGCCCUCGUUCAGCAUCGAGAACAUCAUCGGCGGGGUGGGGGUCGGGGUGGGGACCCCCGCCGGGCAGACUUUCCUGCGGCCGGCCGGGCCGGGGUCGGCGGGAGGGCUGCUGGCCACCGGGGCCGGGCCCGGGCUGGCUCUGGGCCGGGGGCCCGGGGCGGUGGCGCCCCUCUUGGGGGUGCCCCUGGCCGGACAGUUCUUGCCCCCCGCCGCUUCGGCCGCCGCCUCCGUGGCGGCCGCCGUGCAGGCCAAGUGGCCCGCGCAAUAG